UGACUGUCAACAACCUCUUCGAUUUCCUUCGAGUGGUGAACGGAUGUGUGUGGCUUCUAGCCCCUUUACGUGACUCGCCUUUCUUUCCCUCGCUUCAGGAUCUUAUAAUAUCGGCCCCAAAGGCUUGAAUCAUGGGCGUAGAGCUGUUGAAGCCGGGGGUGGAGCGGAACACCAAGCAUCACCCGCCGAUGAACCCAGCAUUAGCGACUCCGCUGUAUGUUUUGGGAGGGAUGUUUUUUGUCCUCUUCAUUGGCCGCACGAUCACACGACUACGGUAUAGGCGACGCCUGCGCGAGGCUCUCGAAAAGAACGACCAGUCACGAUUUGUCCGGACGUCUCGGUUAUCUGCCUUUAUCAACAAACAUGUCCUCUAUGCGCCGUUAUUUUCCAACCGCCACAGCCGCGAAUUUCGCUUGCUGGAUACAUUUCACAUGGGGACGGUUCCGUUGAGACUGGAAACAUUGCUAUUACUGGGAUAUAUCGCGCUGAACCUGGUGUUUUUCUUCGCCCUGAUUGACUGGUGGGCCGACUAUGAGGAGAUGAUGUACCAGCUCAAAUACUCGGGUGGCCAUCUUGCUGUAAUGAACUCGCCGGCUCUGGUUCUGACUGCAGGGCGAAACAAUCCGUUAAUAUGGUUGUUGGGGCUUCCGUUCGACACGUUCAACCUCAUGCAUCGGUGGAUCGGACGGCUCAUGGUGGGAGGCGCGAUCCUGCAUGUGGUGUGUGUGGUGGUUGGAAAGGCUCAAUCAAAAAGCAUGACCGAAAUCACCCAUAUCAUCUGGCACACUCCGUUCUUCGUGGCCGGGUUGGUUGCUCUUAUCGCAUUCGUCGCGAUCUUUUUCCAGUCCGCCUCGGCUGUCCGUCAUGCGUUCUACGAAGCUUUCCUGCAUCUGCACAUUGCCCUGGCGAUUAUGGCAUUUGUAGGGCUGUGGUACCAUCUCGAGGGCCUUGCUCAGCAGUGGGUCUUGCUGGCGACUCUCGUCUUAUGGGGAUUAGAUAGGGCCGGACGACUGGGCAUUAUCGUCUGGCGCAACUUUGGCCGCAAGAUGACGACUGCCACCGUGGAGCUGCUUCCUGGCGACGUGGCGCGCGUGGACGUGACAAUGGCACGGUCGUGGCAAUUCAAAGCCGGCCAGUACAUGUAUCUAUACAUCCCAUCGCUCGGACUGUGGACAUCGCAUCCCUUCUCCGUGGCGUGGAAACUUACCCAACCGCCUGGGAUGUUGCAGAAACGCAGUUCGGGUGAUUCCUUGAAUGCGCUGCUGGGAGAGCCGCAGCAGUCUGUCAUGUCAUUUUUGAUCAAGCGGCGGGAUGGGUUUACGCAUAAGCUCGUGGAGAAGGUGAACAAGUCUGCCGAGCCGAAGUUCGCGGCUCGCGCAUUGGCCGAGGGGCCUUUUGGUGGGCUGCACUCUCUUAAGUCGUAUGGGACGGUGGUCUUGAUCGCGGGUGGAAUCGGGAUCACGCAUCCUAUGAGCUACAUGCAGGAGUUUGUUAGCGGAUUCGCCGCGCGGUCAACGGCGGUGAGGAAAGUGACUUUGGUUUGGGUGGUUCGCAGUCUAGAUCAUCUAACAUGGAUCCAACCGUGGAUGACCACCCUUCUCAACCACCCGGCUAUCCAGGUCCCCAACGAGCAAAAACGACACUCUUACUUCCCCAUGCCGGAAUUCUCGCUGUCUGUCCAAAUAUAUGUGACGCUCAAGGAAACCAGCACGGAAGACUUCAAGACGGACGAGAGCCCUUGGUCGAAUACCCUGCCGCCCACCGUCCCCAUCAGCGUGAACUUCGGCAAGCCGAGCUUUGAUCACAUCCUGGAGAGUGAGAAAGCCGCGCAAAUCGGGGCGAUGGCCGUCAGCGUGUGCGGGCCGGGGGCCAUGGGCGAUGAUGUGCGGAGGACGGUGCGAGAGAAACAGGGAAACCACACGAUGGAUCUUUACGAGGAGACCUUCUCAUGGUAGGCAGUG